CCAGGGGAUUCUGGAAAACUGUCCUCCCUCACCUGCAGGUCCUGCUUUCCCCAGGGAGUGCAUGCUCAGGGCUGGUCCCGGGGAACCAGGCUAAUGGUCACCUCGGAUGAUGCAGGGGCCCAUUCCCAGGAAACCACAGAAGCUUUUGCUCCUGGUUCUGUUCUGCCCUCCUGGCUCUUGAUUCCAAAGUAUGGCUCAGGGUAGCUCUGAAUUCCCUGCCAAAAUGCAGCUUCCUGGGCCCUAACCUGCCCUCCGGAACCAGGGGCUCUGGGGUGGGCCCACUGCUUGUCUAGCAGCCUCCAUGGGAGCCUUCUGCCUGCCAAAGAAAGUCUAAUAAACCCUGCUCUAAACCCCCUCAUUCCCACAGCCUUCCGGCUUGUCUCCCUUUUCCUGCUAGGAUCUGUAUCAGGAUUAAAUGACAAUGUCAAGUAUCAGGUGAGACUUGUGAACCCUGAGACGAUACCUGCAUCUUUUUUCUUUUUUUUUUUUUGACAGUCUCACUCUGUGGUCCAGGCUGGAGUGCAGUGGUGCAAUCUCCACUCACGGCAAUCUUCUGGGUUCAAGUGAUUCUCCUGUCUCAGCCUCCCAAGUCGCUGGGACUACAAGCUCUCACCACCACACUUGGCUAAUUUUUGUAUUUUUAGUAGAGACAGGAUUUCACUAUAUUGGUCAGGCUGGUCUUGAACUCCUGGCCUCAAGCCAUCCACCCACCUCAGCUUCCUAAAGUGCUGGGUCUACAGGUGUGAGCUGCUGUGCCUGGCUUCGUACCUGUAUCUUGACCAAGCUGCUGUGGAAACAUUGAGUUCCCCUUGAUCCUUUCAUCCACAGAAUGAAUGUUUAGGAACCAGCCAGGAAUCUCCCGCCCCUACCCAGAUGGCGGCCUGGAGGCAGUGUUUCUUACCCUGUGAUAGGAUUUGCUUCUCUUGCCCGAGAGACUUUAGAGAUGGGGCCCCUAAAUGUGGGGGUCCCUGUUGGGGUGGGAAUGGGAGUUGGCCCUGGCCAUCGUCCAGUGACCCCAUCUCAGUGCCUUGAUCCUAGCACCCUCCAUCUGAGUGCCUCCCCUUCCCCAGCUCCGUCCGGAGAUCACAUGGCUUGCGCUGAGUAAUCCUCCACCGCCCGCCUCGCGUUCCUGCUGCAGGGAAGCCUUUCCAGGGAGCCAGCUGACACAUUUGGCCUCCAUUAUUUGUUUUUGAACAGGAAUGAAAGGAGAGAGUGAGUAAGAAAGUGGCAGGGGUGGGGGGUUGCAGAGUAGAGGAAGGUCAGAGAGAGGGGAGGAAAGAUCUGGAAAGUCCAGACAUGUGCUUUGGAAACAGGUGCCAGCUAUGAGCUCAUCUGGAGGGGGCCGCCUGCCCUGAGCCCUGAGCCCUGCCUGGGGCCAGGAGGGAAUUCUCUGCCAGGGCAUGGUCGCUGGGAGCCUGUCCUUGGCUUACUUUCUGCUGCUUUGAGUGCUGAGCGGAUUUGUUUCCAUUUUAGGGACAACACAGGGAGGCUGUCAUUCCCCCCCCCGCCUUAUUAAUAUUUAAUGAAUCAGAAAUGACCGCUUACUGCAUCCUGAUGUCCAGGCGCUGGGCUCAAAGCUUUAUGUGCUUCAUGGGAUGUAUCCGAACCAUCGCCCUGGAAAAUGGUUCCUGUUACUACCAUAGUGAGGAAGACAUCGAGGCACAGAGAGGUUGAGCAACUGGCCCCAGGCCACACAGCUAAAAGCGGCUGACCCUGGCUUUGAGCACAGGGCUGCUUGACUCCAAAGCCUGAGCUGGUUUACAGGGAAGGGGCUUAACGAGGUGCAAGGGGUACAGGGAACAAAGUCCAGCUUGCUUGGGCCCAGCACCUUGACCUUCAAGGUGCCUCUUGAGAGUGGCAUGAGGCUGCUCAUUAAGUUCUCAGUCCCCACCACCCCCAGUGACUCUGUUCCUGUGAGGGCCUCAUGGGUCUCUUGCUUUGUUCCGGGGGCCUUGCUGUUCAGGAUCACAGAGAAGCUCUUUGCUGUGGAUCUUUCUGCCUCUGUAUCUUUUGGCAAGCCAUUUUAUGACUCAGUUGCUUUGUCUGUAACAUGGGUGAAUAACGUUGUCCUGCCUUGGAGGGUUUUUGGGAGAAUGAAAUGAGACAUGUUGCACAAAAGUCCUUUGUAAGCCACGCUGACUAGCGGUUUGCCGGACCCCCAAGUGAAUGGGCAUCCAGGCGCUGAGUGUGAGGACUCAGCACUCGGAAGGAGGGGCUGGAGGAUGCCCAGAACUCCUCGGAGGCUUGGACCCCUGCUCCGCUCAGAUUCUGAGCUGUUUCUUGGCCAGCUGAGAUUCCUGUCGUAGGGUGAGGGUAACUAGCACUUACGUAGUUUGGGCCAAGUUUAGUGACCAUGUGUGGAAGUCUAGCGUCCCUCGUGCAAAGUGGGCAGGCAGCCAAAGUGAGCUCUGCUCCAGUCCCCCCAUCCCCGGGCUGUUCCUGGCGCCUGCCCUGCCCUCCCCCAGAGCCCCACUGACCUGCACCAUGUGACCCGGGCCUGGGAAGAUGGGCCCAGCUGUGGGAGGUCGUGUGGGCUGGGGACUGAGAGUGCUGGAGGAGGGCCUCCCAGGAAAACCCAGCUGCACAGGAAGCUGGGCCAGUGGCCCCUGGAAGCCUCUGGGCUUUGCAAGCUGGACUCCCAGGACCUGCGUCUGUGGGGCCCUCUCCUGCCUGCAGCUGAGAGUCCUUGACCCUGUACUUGAGGGCCUCAGAGGUCCAGGAGGGGGAAUGUGACUAUGUCCCCAGGGUGCAGCCCACCCGAGUACCACUCUGGUUGCAGCCUUCACCUCUUCCUGGCCUCCUCUCUGGCCAAAGGGAUGCUGCUUGAGGGGUUCCCUUAUAUUGGAGGGAGUUUCAGUUGAGCUGGUGGGCCCCACAAAUCCCCAAGGCCACCUGACUUCCAGCCUUCAAGUGGGGCUGCAUCCACCACUCAGGGCCUGGAGCCUCAGCCAGAGAGGGACCCUCCACUGCGUCUUCCUCUGUCUCUUGGGAAAGGUAGGGUCCUUGUACCCCUUCCCCCAGGGACCUGGCACACACAUGCUGGAAGGCUAAGAGGAAGCUGCCCACCCUCUCAUCUACCCACUGCCCUCCCAGCCAACAGAGUUUUACCUGUGUGCCUAGAAUCUGUGCAUGGAGCCAGAAGUCACAGGGUUGGCCUGGCUAUGUCCACCCUGGGCAUGUGAUCCUGAACAGUCCCAGCCCUCCUGGAGCUGAGGGUCUGAUCUGAUCUGUAAGAGGAGAGGCUGCUGUGCGGCUCUGCAGGGCUCUGUGCAGAGGAGUGUGCACGGCUGUGAAUUCAGGCUCUGCCCUCAGACAGGCAGAGGGGAUUGGAACAGUGGGUCAGGAUGAGCAGAGGGUCCCAGCCCCAGAAGGAGGCCUCCACCCUUCCCAGCACCUCUACACCAGGGAAUGCAGCCAGGUCCCCAGGCCUCCCAUCUCAGGAAGCAGCAUCCUGCCCCACUGCCUCUAGUUGCUGGGGUCUGAGAAGUUGAGGAUUCCUCCUGAAUCGGAGUCCCCUCUGACUCCUGCUUGGGCGGUUGUCCCUCCUGAAGGGACCAUCUACCCCACUCUGCCCCCUGCAGUCUGCCCCGCAGGGUAGCCAGUGAGUCCCCUGUGCAGCACACCGCCCCCAGGAGCACUGCCUGGGAUGAUGGUGUAAAGGGUGCCCCCCGAGGUAGGCAGGGUCACAACAGUGUGAGCCUGGAUGGAGAAUCUGUUCAGAUCACUCCCCAGCCUAAACCCUCCCUAGGCGCCUGCUGUACUUGGGGCGCUGACUCCUUUGGGGCAGCCCGUGAGAUGCUACAUCAUGUGGCCACCCCUCUCAGCCCUUGCUCACCGCACCGGCCCCUGACCUGGCUGCCUCUGGGACAUGAGGGCUUAUCCUCACGGAAGAAUGUCCACUUGUUCCCUCCUGGGAAGUCCCUCCCCAGAUGUCCUGGCUGCCUCAUGCAGGUCUUGCUGAAGCGCCGCCCUCUUGGAGAGGCCUCCCUGUCACGGCAGUUAAAGCAGCCCUCCCAGGCCUGCGGGUGGCUUUCUGUGGGGCAUGGAUGAGCACUGGAGAGUCUUGCUGUUUGUUUGUUCACCUGCCCUCUUAGGGGGACAGGCAGGGGACACUGACUUGUGCUGUGGGUACCUUGCAUGUCAUGGGUGCUCAGUGGAUGCCUGUUGAGCACUAGGGGAGCACAGAGUGGGGAAGCCUCUGUCCAACUGGAGCAGCCAGAGAAGACUUCCUGGAGGAAGUGGUUCUGGUGGACUUAGAAUGUGGAGGUUUGUCUGUAUGCAGACAUUAGGUUAGAGGGCAGAGGGACAUUAUUAUAACUUAGCAAACAGCCACAAGCAACUAAGGCAUUGCUAUGACACGGACUGCCUGUGGUUGGAGCUAAGAAGGAGUCAGAGAGGUCCCUGUGCUCUGGAGUCCUCGGAGGGGGAGCUCCCAGAAUGCGGGGCUGCCUGUGCAGAGGCCGGAGGUGGGAGUCAUACCUGUGAGUGCAGGUGAGUGUGAGGUGAGCCACUGAGGCUGGAUGAGAAGAUCAGAAGAUGGGAAUCCCUAAACCCACUGACCAACCUUGGUGCCCUCGGAGUGACAGGAGAUGGGUUUUUUGUUUUUGUUGUUGAGAUGGAGUUUUACUCUUUUGCCCAGUCUGGAGCACAGUGGUGCCAUCUCAGCUGACUGCAACCUCUGCCUUCUGGUUUCAAGUGAUUCUCCUGUCUCAGCCUCCUGAGUAGCUGGGAUUACAAGUGCCCGCCACCAUACCCGGCUAAUGUUUGUAUUUUUAGUAGAGAUGGGGUUUCACCAUGUUAGCCAGGCUGGUUUCGAACUCCUGACCUUGUGAUCUGCCCAACUUGGCCCCCCAAAGUGCUGGGAUUACAGGCAUGAGCCACCACACCUGGCCAGGAGAUGGGGUUUCUAGGGGACUAAUCCAAGGUAGACGAGAUAGGAUGCAGGGGAGGGGACAGAGCUCUGAGGCUUUGGGAAGCUGAGUUAGGGUAGAGCCAUGACAGGGCAAGUUCCAGAAGCAAUCCAAGGAAAAAAUAGCUGGACUGGGUUCUCCCUUCACUGCGGGAGGCACCCCACCUCACUUCCCCCGUCUGCCUAGGCCCAUUUGCCUUGUUUUCAUUUGAUUCAUUUAUUGUCACCACUGCCAUCCUUGCAUCACAUAACUGGCUUUUCCCAGCAUGCCAGCCACCAAGCUGGGUCUUCCGCGCAUCUCCUGUAACCCUCACGGCAACCCGGGAGGCACAGAGGGGCUGCGUCGCUGGCCCAUAGUCACACAGCAGGUAUGGGGCAUUGCCGGGAUUUAGCCGGAUCUCUGACUCCAGGGUCUUUACAGGGCCAUUGGGUGGGAGCCUGGCAAAGAAGCAAGGUAUGAGGACUGGUCCCGCCUUGGACGGAGCUCAGGGAGGGAGGCCUGGCAGGCCCAGCUGACACGGUGACCCUGGGGCAGGCUCAACCAUUGGCAAAGUGUUCAGGUGCACACAGAAUCUUAACUGGGGAGACAGGCACAGUGGCCAACGGUGGACUGUGAGUGACAGGUGGGCGCUGUACCUACUGGCAAACCAGCUGACCGUGGCGCCUUCUGGAGCCUUUCAACCUCCUUAUCCAGAAAAAGGGGAACUAACAGCCCCACCCCCACACUGGGUUGGGGUACCACUUCGAAACUGAAGGAAAGCUUGUCCACGUCACAGGCUCAGCAGAUGUUAGCUGUGCAGGCAACUUAGUGACCCUUUGAAGUAGGCUGUGCGGCUGCAUCCUCAUUUUGCAGGUGUAGCCCAGGCAUUAGCUCGGGGUCACACAGCGACAGCUCAGGCUACAGAGAGCAGUGCUGGAUGGGAGGGUGCUGGCAGCUUCAGGCACAGACUGGGAGGGCUGUGGGGUUAGCAAGGAGGGCGCAUUUCCCAGUUGGUGGGGUUCACGUGUGUCUCAGUACCCGUGUGGGCCCAAAGGAGAUGGAAGGAGGGGGGUCACAGCCACCCAUGGGUUCGGAUGCUGAUAAGCAAGUUAUUUGCUCUGAAUUUGGCUCAUUGUAUGUAAAUUGGGGACAAAUUUGGGGGUUUAAUGGGAUAAUGUAAAAAGCAGAUGUGUCGCAGCCCUGGGUAUACAGUUAAUGUAUAAUAAGUAGUAAGUCCUGGAGGGGGCAGCUGGCGGGAAUGGGGGCAUUUCAGCAGCCCUGUACCCCCUGCUCCUGGUUGCAGAUGUGCAUGUUCGUGGCUGUUUGUGCCCCAGCUUCAUGUCCUCCAGUGUGUGUGAGGCUGAGUUCCUGGGGCGGGGGCUGGGGGCUGUGUCUGCAGUUCCUGAGGCCAAGGCCCAGCCUGAGGUUGAAGCCGCCUUGGUGAGGAGGAAAUUGCAGGUGGAGAAGCUCCCUGACCGUGACCUUGAUCCGAACAUGAUCUUCAUGGUGCGGAUGCCGUCAGUACUCAGGCCUCCUGCCCUCGCCACAACUGGCUCCUGCAGCCCACCUGGCUGAGAGGUGUGUGGGCUCCCACAGGCUUCGAGAUGGGGGCAUCACCAGCUGCCUGGGCCACAGCGUUCUUGCCAAUUGUUGGUGGAGGGACUGAGGGCUGAUUGUGUCAUGGGGGUGUUGGCACAGAAUCAGAGGGGCCAUCCAAAAAGGCCAAGAAUCCAGCGGGGAGAUGGGGCGGGAGGCUGCUUCUCUGUUUUCUGGGCUGUGAUGGAAAGGGGACAGGGGACACAUUUGGGGACAGUCUCCUUCCUGGAGGAGGAAGGGCUUGGGAUGCUGGUGUGGUGUUUGCGGGGAUGGGGAUAAUGAGCUGGAGGGUGCUGGGUAGGAGCCGGCCAGAAGUGGGCUGACGAGGGAGGCCCUGCUGGCCAGGCCUGGUUUUCAAGCGAAAACCAGGAUCCCGAGCUGUGGGGACUGCAGGGGUUUUAGAGACCUGGGAGCUGAGACCUGGGUCCACAGAGGGGUGGGCUGUGCUCAGAGCCGCACAGUGGCUUCUGGCCCCUACAUUGCGCGCCAGGGCCUGGCGUUUGCCUCCGGAGUGGCUGGCCAUCUUGGUAGUGCUGAUUGCUGCUGGAGCGAGGAUCACUCAUCAGUCAGGCCUUGCCACGUGGCGCCAUUACCAUGUUUUGCAGAAGUGGAGACGCCUGCCUGGGGCUGUCCUGGCAUGGUGCGAAUACCUGAGCUCAGGCUGAGGGCCCAGGGGCCUUGCAGGCAUGAGGAAGCUCACUUCCUGGGCGUGCCUUCUGGACCCAGGCCUGGAGCCACUCAAGGGCUAGCCCCCAGGGUGGGGCAGAUAGGGGAAGGGGGUUCACCAGGUUGAACCCUGGCUUUUUGUGGGGACGGAAUAAGGUAUCUUCUCGAAGAGCACUCACACUGUGGAUGUGCCCUGCAGGCCCGUCUGAGUGGUCCGUACCAGCCUGGAGUGGUGAUGGUCACUAGGGCAGUGGGCAAAACCUGUCCCUGUGCCCCUCUUUCUCCUGCUGCAGAACUGUGUCCCCUCCAGCUCAUGGCUGUCAAAUCCUUUAUGUGCUUCUGGGUUCCCCUGGUGCCUUACAUUGUCUUCCCUGGAGGACAGCAGACCCUGGGGGUUGGCUCUGCUGGGAUUCACCGUGCGGUGCCCCAGGCAAUCACAGCACAUUCUGUGGAGCAGGCCUGCGUCCUGCCAGCCUCAUUUUGUGGCCAGAGGAAGGGGACAGUGGUUCUGGAGGCAGGAGCUGGCCUGAGGCUGCCCUCCCAGCCCCCUGUUCUCCCAGCGCAUCUCCUUGUUUUAGGGGUGCUGGCCACCCUACCCCGCCAGCUCCACCCAAGCUUCCUCUGCCCAAGUCAGGACCAGUCAGUAGGGGGCAGUGAAGGCCUUGAAAGUCCUUAGAGAGGACUUUGAAGCAGUUUUUACAAAUCUGUCCCUGGAAAGUCUCUCCUAUCACACCCCAGUGGCUCCUUCCCCGCUAACAUUUUUCCUGGGGUUGUCAUGUGGCAGGGGGUGGAGGAACCUACCAGGCCAUGGACAGAGAAGAGCUGUGUUGACACAAACCCUGGCUGAACCCACAUGUGCCCUACAGCUAGCAGCUGAUCACUGGAACCAGGGAAGUGACCUCACAGCAUGGGCCCACAGAACAGCCACCACGCAUUCCUGAUCUUGGUUUCUGGACCCAGCUCUGGAAAAGGAGCCGGAUCCCAGCCACUUGGAGCUGCCCAGGGAAGACCCCAGCCCGGUACCUGCUGACAGCUCAUUGGAACUUUUCAUCUGCUUCGCCAGGCGUUGCCAAGGGGUAGAGGUCAGAACUGCUAAGAGGCAUCUAUCUUCCUGAUUGAAAAGCAACCUUUGCUAGGUGUGGUGGCUCACGCCUGCAGUCCCUGCUUUGGGAGGCCGAGGUGGGAGAAUUGUUUGAGGCCAGGCAUUUGAGACCAGUCUGGGCAACAUAGUAAGACCCCCAUUUCUACAAAAACUGAAAAAAAAAAGAAGCUCCAGGUGUGGUGGCACUUCCCUGUAGUCCCAGCUCCUCAGGAGGCUGAGGUGGGAAGAUUGCUUGAGUCCAGGAGUUCGAGGCUGCAGUGAGCUAUGACCACACCACUGUCUCCAGCUCCUGGGUGACAGGGUGAGACCCUGUCCCAAAAACAAAACACAGAAAAACAAAAAAAAAAAACUUUAUCUUUUGUGAUUUUGAAAAUCACACCUACCUGUGACAAAAAAAUUAAAUUAGAAAAUGUAAAGGAAAUAAUAAUAAUUGAAUCCUCCAGACAAGCACUAUUACAUUGGCGUUUCCUUCCCGCCUUUUUUACAUAUGUGCAUAAUACUCACUAGUCUAUUUUGAACUAAACAUGGUUCUCCCUGCUUUGUAUGAGAGCCGCCUCAGCCAGUGGUCCAUACCUGUAAUCCCAGCACUUUGGAAGGCUGAUGCAGGCAGAUUGCUUGGGCCCAGGACUUUGAGACCAGUCUGGGCAACAUGGCGAAACUCCAUCUCUGCAAAAAAUGCAUUAGCUGUGUAUGGUGGCACAUGCCUGUGGUCCCAGCUCCUUGGGAGGCUGAAGCAGGAGAAUAGCUUGAGCCCAGGAGGUGGAGGUUGCAGCGAGCUAAGAUCGUGACACUGUACUCCAGCCUGUGUGACGGGAGUGAGAUGCUGUCUCAAAAAAACAAACAGACAGAGUGCCACCUUGUCACCUCUCAGGGAUGUUCGUCCUCUCCACUUUCCACCCAGGUCUUUCCUUAUAAAAGGAUGAGGCCAAACAGUCAUAGGAGGGUGCUCCUGGGUGUUCAAAAAAGCGUCUCGUGGCUGGUGGGUCUUGGAAACAGGUUGGGGAGGUUUCAGCAGAGGGUAGACCCCAGCUGGGGGUCAGGGCAGCAGGGAGGCCCCUCACAUGCUCUCUCUGUGUGUUUCAUGGGCUGCCCGUAAGGCCGUAGGAACUAGAGCCCCGCUGGGAAGCCACCUACUACCCGGACUCCAUGACUCUUCCUGGCAGCGCGGCCCUGGCCAGUAUGCUCGCCUGUGUUCCCCUCUGUAAAAUGGGCUAAUAGACAUGCUCACUUGAGAGCCAUGAUGAGAAACGAAGUGCUUACGGAGCAAAGUGUGUGGAAUAACCAUGGUGGCGCCGGCUGCUUUUCCUGUUUUCCCUCGUCCCUGCUGCCUUCCUCCCUCUGUUGGCUCUCCUUCACUUGUUCGUUUAUUCAUGGCCGAAGCCGCCUCUGUGCCAGGCCUGGUGCUGAGAACCAGGGGUAGAGAGGUGAGGGCUAUGUCCGCUCCCUGACCCGAGGGUUCCCAUUGCAAGGUGAGGUUCUUGGAGACUGGACCCCCAGGCUGUUCCACCAGCCCCUCCUCAGGCCAGCUUAACCCUUCCCUGCCUGCUUUCCAAUGUGUUGGAGGAGGAGAGUGGGAGGAAGGAUGGAGUGGGUUGAGUGAGGGCUGUGGGGGCGCUGGCGGUGCGUGCGGCUUGGAAAUGGUGCCUGGUGCUCACUCAGCAUGAGCUUUUGUUGCAGUUGCUGUCCUGAGAAUAUUCUUGGAUUUCAGGACACUGACAACUGAGGGGGGAACGCUUUUUCUGGAAGCCAUCCAGAGGGGACCGCCGUGGCAGCCGAGCAGACUUGCUGACUUGUGAGCUGUGGCCUGACCAGUCACCGUUCUCAUGAGGGAGGCCCCCUGCAGUCCCCUCCCGGGAAUUUCUGUCCCCUUGGCAGGGGGCAGUUCAGGGCUGGGGUGGGUGGCUGUGUCAACAAGCGCUGAUUCUUGGAGUCAGAGAAUCCCCUGUCGCCCGUUGGGGGCGUUCUCUCCUGCCCCUCCCAUCCCACUGUGCUCUCAGCUGCUCCAACAGGAUGCUUUUGGCUGGAGUGACAGAAAACUCAACUCAGCCCUCAAGAGAAUUGAGGUUUUUUUUGUGCAAAAUGAGAUGCUCUGAGCAUUGGGAUGCUGUGGAGGAGCCUCCAUCCCACCAUCCCCAGCCGUGGUGUCCCCCUCGGUCUCAGGAUGCUGCAGCCACGUUCUAGGGAAGGAGAGCGUCCCUUCCUGUGAGCCGGGAGGCCCCUCUGCACAGGCAGCCUCUUCACUGCCCAUUGUCUGAGGCCUGACCUGGAGACUCCGGCCCCAAGGAGCAGAAAGAGGGUUUGCUAGGUCAGGGCAGGGCUGGGUGCAGGAGCCCCCACGGGGUCUGUUCAGGUGUCCCUCCUGUGGGGGGGAAAGGGCAGCAAGGAAAAGACCCACACAGGGCAGCGGGACACGGAGAGGCUUUUGUGCCUGUGGCGGUCAGAAGGGAUGAUGCCCUAGCCGAAUUCCCACCCAACCCAGGCCCAGCAUAGGCACGCUGGAAAUAGCAGCAUCACCCCUGCACUGUCCCGGCUCGCUUCGGAGAGGCCAGAGGGGUAGGGCUGGAGCAGGGUCUGACCUCUGGCCUGUGGACAGGCUAUGAGUGAGUCUGCAGAGGAAGAGAGAUGGGGAGGCUGGGACCUUCCCCUGCACCUCCUGAACCCCCGUUCCCUGUGAGUCAGACAGGGAGUGCGUCCCUGCCCCCUCCUUCAGGGUAUCCCAGCCCAGCCCACCCCAGGCACUUGAUGUUGCCUGUUCCUUUUCCUUCCCUGCCCCUCCCACCAGCCCUUCCCAUAUGGUCCUAAUUAAGUCCUUCCCCCCAUUGGUGGACAGGCAGGGAGGGGAGCUUGCCGUGGGGCCUCCUGCAAUCAGGGGACUUCCCAGCACAGAGUUUUCUGGCGUCGACAGUAAGACGCUGUGUGCCUGCACGUGUCUGCUGUGUUAGAAGCGCUAAGCUGCAGCUGUUUGUACGUUUUUCACGUCUCUCAAUUGUCAAAGGCCCUGGGCUUGGUGUGUGUGGACUGGUGAUCCGUGUUGGGGUCUCCAGGAGGCCCGUGGUGGGAGAGGCAGGGCCUCUUCCCCUUCAGUCUGGGCAGCCUCGCUUUGGCCUGCUGUCCAUGGAAAGUGCCCAAGAAUAUGGCCAAGCAGCCUGGUGGCAAGACUGGCUGGGGCUCUGGCUCCAGCCCCGGCCCAGGCCCUGGCCCUGUCAGACUUACCCUCCCUGUGCCUCUGUUCACCCUGUCUGCAUGCAGGGCCCGCAGGAGUGUCCCGAGAGGUGGUAGGGUGGCCUGCCUGGCGCCCGCACGGGGUCUGGGUGGGUUGCCGAGGCUGCUGUGAGGUGUCCAUGGCUCCCUCGUCCUGCCCGGCCUUCCUCUGGCAUGUGUUGUCUCGCUGGCACGUGAGCCCACACUGGCUCUGAGUCUGCAGCCUGUUUUCCUCACCAGGUGGCAGGCAGGGUGGACCCCACUGGCCUGCAGGGAACCCUCUGUGGGCUGCAGGCGGCCCCUUGUGGUUCCAGGUACCCUGGUGGGACCAGCACCAUGACCCCCAUCGAAGCCCACAUCUAAGGCGUUUGUGGGCACCACCGUCUUGGACAUGAGGGUUGGCAUUUGCUCUUGCACGUGAAGCAAAGGCCUGUUUGGAGGAGGGCAUGGAAGCGUGGGUGUGAUGAAGACAAGGACCCGUGGCUCACCCCCUCUUGUGCCUGGGCCUUGGGUGGCAGGCCUGGGGCCUCCGGUCCUUAAUUCAGGAGGGUAGCCAGUCGCUGGAACUAAGAGUGAACUCCAGCUAUUGUUGCCAUGGCUGGAGUGAAGAGGGGAAAGGAGGGGCUGCAGGGGGGCAGAGACAUUCACCCUCCCUCUGCUGGGCAUCAGGCUGCUGGUGCUGGACUGGGCCCCAGCAACCAUAGCAGCAGUGGUGGUGCUGAUGACAGUGGCAAGGGCCUCCUGCGGACCCUGGGCUCUCUUAAGGGCUCUUUAUCUGGAGUAAGUAUCCCAUUUUAUCCUCCCAACUACACUGUGAAAUGGAUUCUGUUGUUAUUCCCAUUUCACUGAUGAGGAACUCACAGCCCAGGGAUGUCAAGUAACUUGCCCAGGCCUCCCCCAGAGUAUGGCAGAGGGAGGGUCUGAGUUCGGAAAGUGCCCCCGUCCCUAACCACUGUCAUUUACCUCUUCCGCCAGCCCUCUGAUUGGCAAACCUGAGGCCUGGAGAAGUGCAGUGACUGGGCCAGCUCUGCAUGGCAGGUUAGUGGUAGAGCUGAGCAGUGUCUCCUGUGCCCUGGCUCUGCGGCCUCUUGAGGUGGCUCACUCACUAAACAUGCCCCACGAGGUGGCUCUGUUUCCUUCUUUCCUCUGAACCCGCCAGCCCAUGCUCAGACAGGGAGAAGUGGAGCGACAAUGCUGGGCAGGUCAUCGUGCCCCAGUGCCGCUUGCCCUAUGCUUGGUUGGCAGCAGAGUGGCCCCUUCUUGGGGUGGUCUGGAGGUGCCAGUGGCCACUUAUCAGCACAGAUCAGUCUCAUAUGUGUCACUCCCAAAGGAUGUUGACAGAACAAAGCAGCUGGGGGAGGCGGACGCCUUGGCAUGAGGGUGGUGCUCCUGGUAAUCUGUAGUGCUGGCAACGGUGGCUGCCUUUGUCCAGCAUCUUACCUCCUCCUGGCCGUCUUGCAACCACCUGAGGGAGGUCAGCGUGUCACCUUCAUCUAGGGACUGUGUGAACACAGCAGCACACGCUUGUCAGCGCCACACUGCGGGAUCUGGAUGCCUUUGCUCCUGAGCCCCGCCUCUUUGUAACCCUUAAAGCAGGGACCUCUUAGGGGCUUCUGUUCCUCCACCUGCAAAAAUCUUAUACUGUUAAGGGCAUGGCUCGGGGCUGGAGCAUGGAGAUGUUGCUGGAGGAUGGAGGGAGAACUGAGCACGUGUUCUCUUGGCCUCAGCCCCUUGUGCGUGUUUAUGUGCGGGUGCUUUGCUGUCCACACUGGGUUCCACAGCUGGGUGGGAGUGGAGUUCUGCUCGAUGGCUGCCUUUCCACCCUGCAGGGCUGGUUGAGGAGUGUGAGGAUGCCUGCCGGAAGCCGACACGCACGAAGGAGUUAAUGGUGGAUCCCGUUUCCUCGUGCCUCUCUCCAGCUUUCCCAGGGAAAGGGCAGGAACAGGGAGGCCUUAUCUUCAGAGGAAGUGGUGGGCAGGGACGCCGUGCUCCUCUGCACUGGCCCCUCGAAGCCACCCUGUGUACUUCAUUCCACCGGCUUCUUCAGCCCAGCUGUUUAGAGCGGAUCCAGAAGGUGGAGAGAGGGUUUCCGAUAAGCAGAGGAUGGAGUGAAUGUGAGAUUCAUUACUGGGAUUUGGCAAAGCAAAGAGCCUCACUUUCUUCCUGCAGAUGGGACGGGGGUGGGGCUGGAGCCAGCGGGGUGGCGGCAUCCAGCAAGAGCCCCUUCCCAUCCUCCCACUGCUGGAACACCCAGGCCUGCUUCCUCUGCCACGCCUCCUCCUCUGUGCAGAACCUCAGCCUGGAAUGAUCACGUGUCCAGCUUUCCUCCGCCCCUCCUGCCCCGAUGAAGGGAGUGGUCUGGCCCCUGGCCCCUGCCACCUACACCUCCUGUUUUGCUGCACUGGCCUCUUGGUGAGGGCUGCAGCAGAGGUGGGCAAAAGCCAUUUCCGGGCCGCCAGCCCCCAUCCUGUGAGUGACUAAAAGUCCUUGGGGUGGUCCUGCAGGGUGAGCCAAGCAUCCUGGCCCUGGUGAGGACACCCAGGAGAGGGCCAGAGUGGCUCUGUGUGGGGCGCAGCAUAAAGAACAGCCCUAAGUGGUUCCUAGGCAAGAGGCUGCAGGGGCAUUGGGAGGCUGGGUUUUAGGAGCGUUGUGUGCGGUGGUGAGUGGAAGACGCAGGACACAGAUUCACACCAUCGUGCAGAUCCGCUGGCCUCACUCCCUCAGUUUACUGAGGAGGAAACUAGAGGCCCAGAGAGGUGGAGUGAGUUCCCCAGGGCCACACAGCCCAGCCAGGCCCAGGGCGCAGACCUCCUGCUCUGCCUUCCCGUGGCCAUUCGGUUGGCAUCAGCAUCCCUGCCUUAACACCCCCGUGUGGCAGCUGCUGCGAUUCUGACUCAGCACCUCCUCACCCCACCCUGUGGGGCCCUGAGAGGGAAACAAGAAGCCCCAUGCAGAAGUGGUUGGAAAACAAGAAGCCUGGAGAGAAGGGAGGCCUCUGCGGUUUGGCCUGUGUUCAGGACUCAUGGCCUGGUUCCCAGGGAUGACCCCUCCCUUCUACGCCCCCCACCCCACGCCCCCAGGAGCUCCCUGUGGGGAAGCAGAAUGACCUGGGCUCAGAGAUUGCACAUUCAUCUCGCUGGGUAUGUGGCUGUAACCACCUUCUCAUGGAGGAGCCAGGGGGCGGCUCUAUGUACUUUGGGCUCCCUCAGUGAGAUGGGAGGACCUCGGGAGGUCAGGAGGCCGCCCAAGACCUGCCGCCCAUCAGGGACCAGGUGAGGGGUUGGUGGCCACCCUGGCCUCCUGAUGAUUCUGGUAGGGAGACCACAGAGGCUCCGCCCUUCACCAUCUCCAGUGGCCCUGGCCUGCCCAGUCAUUCUUCUGGGAUGGCCAAAUUCCAUGCCGCAAAAGCCCACGUGAACCCUGGAAGUGGCCUAGGAGAAUGAUGUGUCAGGAGCGCAGAAUGCAACUUCUGGAGAGGACUCUUUGCUGCCCCACAACACCUUUUUCGUGCGUUGUCCUGGGGUCCCUCUCCCUGUGGGACAGUAAGGGGCUUCCGGAAGCUUCUCCCUGGCCCCAGGCCAGAGGUGACAAUGAGGGCCCCUUGCUUGCACUGGUGACUGUGGCUGGUUGGUGGUGCCUGGCCCUGCCACACGCUGCGCACCCCUCGAAGGUGGCAUCACCUGGGCCUCUCCGGUGGCUGCGUGUGGGUGAGCACCCUGUGUCGCAUCUGCUUGCAGCAUCGUGUGGGGUGGGAUUUUCAGAGGGUCUGGGGGCCUGGAUGGCCCUGCAGGGGGUGCUCCUGGCCUUGUGACCAAAAGGAGCUACAGGUUUGGAGAAGCUGUUGGGCUGAGGUCAGUUCUUAUAAGAUUUGGUGAUAAGGCCGGGUGCGGUGGCUCAAGCCUGUAAUCCCAGCACUUUGGGAGGCCGAGGCAGGUGGAUCACGAGGUCAAGAGAUUGAGACCAUCCUGGUCAACAUGGUGAAACCCUGUCUCUACUAAAAAUACAAAAAAACUUAGCUGGGCAUGGUGGCGUGUGCCUGUAAUCCCAGCUACUCAGGAGGCUGAGGCAGGAGAAUUGCCUGAACCCAGGGGGCGGAGGUUGCGGUGAGCUGAGAUCGCUCCAUUGCACUCCAGCCUGGGUAACAACAGCGAAACUCUGUCUCAAAAAAAAAAAAAGAUUUGGUGAUGAGGGAACAGAUGCUCACGGAGCUGUUCACGUGCCGGGCGUUGCUCCAAGCGCUGUGCACACCACCUCACUCUGCGCUGACAGCCAAGAGGCUGGCUCCCUACUCCAUUAUACAGAUAAUGCGCUCCCCCAGUUCCUUAGCUGUGGAGCCAGGAUUUGAACCCAAGCAGGCAGCUGCCUGGGCCUGCAGUCCCACCCUUCAUCUCCCUCCGGGACCUGGGUCUUGGGGUUGGCAGGAUAAUGACUCCCAGAGGUGUGUACAUCCUAAUCACCAGCACCUGGGCCCAUGUGAGGUGACAUGGCAGGGCCAGUUCAGGUCGCUAAUCAGCUGUUCUUAAAAUAGGGAGAUGAUCCUGGAUAAUCCACAUGGGCCCAUUGUCAUCACCAGAGUUUUCAAAAGCACAUUGGACAGUCUGAGUGGGGCAGUGGGAGAGAGGCUUGGAAGGAGGGAGGAGGCCACAAGCCAAGAAUUAUGGAAGGGCAGAAAAUGCAGGAAAACACGUUCUCCCUACAGCCUCAGGAGGGUGCGCAGUCCUGUGGACACCUUCCCUGUAGCCUAGUAUGGUGUGGGGUGGGACAAAUCUGUGUUGUCUGAUGUCACAAGAGUGUGUGGUCAUUUGCUAUAGCAGUGGUGGAAAGCGAAUGCCAUUAGACAGUGGUGCUCCUGUCCUGGAAGAACUGGGAGAAAUUCCCCUGUGGAUCUCAAGCUCUAGAAGAUUCUGGGCUCCUCUGGACUUAUCCAGCUCCGCAAUCAUAGGAAAGGUCUCCCAUGUCUAUUUGGGGGAAAAAAACAUAGCAAAAUCAUUUCCCCUUUUGACAAAUGAAGGUGAGGGUGUGGGCUGGGCGCAUGCUUCCUUUUCGUGUUUUGUUUUUUUUUUUUUUUAAACACUUAGAAUUCUGUAGCUGAAGGAGACUACAAGGUUUUGUCUGCCUGAUUUGCAAGUGAGGAAACGGAGGCCCGGGGAAGUUAAGAGACUGACUGGCCCAGGGUCAUGCAAAGCCAUGCCGGUGUAUCCAGCCAGAUAUCCCAGCUCUGCUCAGAGUGCUUUCUUCCGUGGUGGGGAGGAGGGCUGGAGGGAGUGGCCCCCGAGUGAGUGGCAGCGUUGGCAAUGGCUGGAAGAGUAACCGCGGUGCCUGAGCCUGGGGCCUCUGGCCACUUCCUGCAGGAACCAGGUGACCCGCCACUGUACAGGCCUCUCCCUGUCUAUCUGCAGCCCUGAGGGCCCCAGGGACCUGAGGACACUCUGGCCUGAGGGCUGGAGGCUGAGAGAAGAGGUGGAAGUGCCCCUAGUCCGGCCUGCCCACCCUGGCCUCCUGCAGGCGACUCUGGCAGCCCAGGGCUCCUAGAGACCCUGGCCGGUGGGAGUUCCCACCUUUCCCCAGCGACUCCCUAGGCCAGCAGCUUGCAGGAGUUGACAUUUUGCCUGUGGUUCUGAAACAGUCAUUUUCUGAGCCGAGUGGGGAUCAGGUGAGCAGAUCCCCACACCUUAACUGCUGCCAUCUUUCUGUCCUGGGGGCUGGCGGGCAGCCCAGAUGGUGCUUCAUGGCACUUUAUGACUGUCCUCGUCACCAGGCUGGUGAGUUGCCCCCCUCCUCUCGGGCAUCCUGAACGGCUUUCCUGGGAGCCCCAUCUCCAGGCCUUGGCAUCUGCAGGCCUGUGCCUGCAGUGCCUCUUUCCCCUGGAAGCUGGGCCUCUUUGGGAACUCACUGAGAAGGGCCCUGCCGAGCGCUGCCAAAUGGCCCCAUCUGGUCCCCAUUUGUUCCACUUACCACCCUAUUUUAACUUUUCUGUCUCCUCCUUGGGUCUAAGAUCUGAGCCGGCAGGGCUUUGUCUGUGAGGCACCCCAGGCCCCCUGAUGCUCCCUGCACCCAGGGGACUCUUAGUACAUAUGCAGGGAGGGAAGGAUUGAGGGAAGAGAUGGCGUGGGAAAUCCUUCAGUUCCCAUUUGUAACCAACAUAUUGUGAUGCAACACUCAUGGCAUUUUACCUUUUUCAUAUACCUUAAAAAAAUUAUUUAUUUAUUUAUAUUUCUUUUUUGAGAUGGAGCCUCACUCCAUCACCCAGGCUGGAGUGCAGUGGCACGAUCUUGACUCACUGCAACCUCCACUUCCCAGGUUCAAGAGAUUCUCCUGCUUCAGCCUCCCAGGUACCUGGGAUUAUAGGCGCCCACCACCAUGCCCGGUGAAUUUUUGUAUUUUUAGUAGAGAUGGGGUUUCUCUCGAACUCCCAACUCCAGGCCAUCCUCCUGACUCCAGGCGAUCCACCCGCCUCAGCCUCCCAAAGUUCUGGGAUUCCAAGCGUGAGCCACAUCGCCUGGCCUUCAUGCACCUUUAAGAGAGAACUUGCUCAGAAGAUCUUCUAGAUGCACCUUUAGGGUUUUAAGGCACAGACACAUGGAACUCAUCGUCAGCAGCUGCUGCUUAUUCCUUUUUCACUUCCAACUCAGAGCAGCCUGUGUCCCAAGUGGACAGCUGCUCGCUUCCUCUCGGCUCCCUGCCAUUCAUGCUCCCGCAGAUGCAGGAAGGAGGUGCGGGAUCAUCCACUGGGCGCCCGCACGGUGCCGUCUGCACAGGUGCCAUCUCCUUUACUUGCCAGUCUCCUCAAUGAGCCCUUCCCCUUUUUGCAGGUGAGAGCACUGCCUCCCAGAGGUAAAGACAUGUGCCCAGAGCCACCCAGCUGAUCAGGGUGCAGCCAGAUUUGAACGCCAUCCUGCUGAUCUCCAUACCUGCAGGCCUGGUCCAAUGAGAUGGACAGUGGGUGGUGGAGGCUGUGAGACCCUGGAUGGCUCCCUAAUAGGGCCUGUAGCUCCUGAACAGGGAGGGUGUGGCACAAAGGGACGCCCGGGUUUGUGGACUGAGCUGGAGGGGAAGGUGGCUUAGGGUCCCUGUCUCUGAACAAAUAGAUGGAGGGACUAUUCCAGUAUCUUCUCAGCCUCUGAUGUCCUGGGAUCCUGGUUCUGGGAGGAGAGAAUGGAGAAGAGAGAGCUGGGCUGGGCUGGUUUGGUCCCAACAAACAAGCUUCUUGGUUUGCCAUGAGUGACAGUUUCGCCCAUCCCAUGUCUCUGCCAAAAACAUGAAGGGUUUACACCCCUCACCCUGGCCUGCUUCCCUCCCAGGCUAGGAGUGGGUCUGGGACAGAACAGUCUCACGCCAGAUACCCCGAGCAGCCGCCAAUGCCAUCAGGCCUCAGGCCUGACACCCAGGCUCCUGCCCCAGAGGGAAAAACAAGGCCCUCUUUGGGGGUUUUCUGCCAGGUUGUGAAAACAGGCCUGGAGUCGGCUGGCUACCCCCACGCUUAGAUGCUUUGUGUGGUUUUCAAAGUGCUUCUACGUCGCUAGCUCACAUGAUUGUCCCCAAAACCCCAUCGGGGAGGCAGGAAGUUGGAGCAGCGGCCUCUCAAGCAGCCACGCAGCAGGUGGUUUCAUGGCCCUCCAUAUACAGGCAGGUACACUGAGGGUCAGGGUGGUUACCACUCGUCCCCCGAGCCGCCCAGCCAUUUAGCCACAGAAAAGGUCAUGGCUUUUAUGCCCCAGUGAAGCUGAAGAUUUUUCUUCCAGUUUUUAAAAAUGUUUACUACCCGGCCUGGCACAGUGGCUCAUGCCUGUAAUCCAGCACUUUGGGAGGCCGAGGUAGGUGGAUCACAAGGUCAGGAGUUUGAGACCAGCCUGACCAAUGUGGUGAAACCCUGUCUCUACGAAAAUACAAAAAUUCACCGGGCAUAGUGGCGGGCGCCUGUAAUCCCAGCUACUUGGGAGGCUGAGGCAGGAGACUCGCUCGAACCCGAGAGGCAGAGGUUACAGUGAGCCGAGAUCGUGUCAUUGCACUCUAGCCUGGGCAACAAGAGUGAAAUUCCGUAUCAAAAAAAAAAAAAAGGUUUACUACCCAGGGCAGUUAGCACCUGGUGCCUCUGUCUAGCCCAGGAGGUGAACAUUUGCCACUCCCAUGUCUUUCUUUCCACCAGACCUGAGCCUCUUUUUGUGAUGGGUACAUCCUGCGGGCCCACUGUCCUACUUUUGGAGACUUUGAGAAACGGGGUCCACAUUACCGGCUGUGGGUGGGCAAGGUGAGGCUCUGAGGUGAAGAGGGGGAGUAUUUUUAUAGGGGGAAGAAAUACAUUUCCUCUACCCUGUUAGGCUCAGUGUUUGGAGGCCUGUGAAUUAAACUCACUGAAGAUAAAUUAACAAGAGAAAAGGCAGAUUUAAUCACAUACCUAUGGGAGUUCACUAAAAAAUAUGACUCAAAGGAGCCCUUAGAAGGUGGGGUCCCUGGCUGGUGUGAAGGUAGUUGACUGCUCAGUCAGUUACAGAUUACACACCUUGUUCCACUCUCUCUCUUCUCACGACUGCCCUUGUCUAAAAAAAAAGAAACCCCAAAAAACAAAAAUAAAAAAACUUUGGGCCCGUAUACCAUCUUAAUAAGGGAAAAGGAAGAAGAGAAAGCACAUAUUAUGGGUCGGGUGCCGUGGCUCAUGCCUGUAAUCCAGCUUUUUGGGAGGCCGAGGUGGGCGGAUCACCUGAGGUCAGUAGUUCAAGACCAGCCUGGCCAGCAUGAUGAAACCCUGCCUCUACUAAAAAUACAAAAAUUAGCCAGGCGUGGUGGUGGGUGUAUAUAAUCCCAGCUACUCAGGAGGCUGAGGGAGGAGAAUCGCUUGAACCCGGGAGGCAGAGGUUGCAGUGAGCAGAGAUCAUGCCAUUGCACUCCAGCCUGGGCAACAGAGUGAGACUCCACCUCAAAAAAAGAAAAAAGGCAUAUUAUGGCAAAAAAAGAUAAAUAGGCCGUUAAGAGCUGAAAUGGGAGAUGUGACAGUCUUUUGACAGUGUCUGCUUAGGUGUGGUGUGGAAGCUACUCAUCUCCCAGGGAAGUCACUUGCUCCCAGGGAGCAGAUUUGUGACAACAGUUCUUUUUUUUUUUUUUGAGGAGUCUCACUCCGUCACCAGGCUGGAGUGCAGUGGCACAAACUCGGCUCACUGCAACCUUCGCCUUCUGGGUUCAAGCGAUUCCUGCCUCAGCCUCCCGAGUAGCUGGGACUACAGGCAUGCGUUGCCACGCCCGGCUAAUUUUUGUAUUUUAGUAGUGAUGGAGUUUCACCACAUUGGCCAGGAUAGCCUCAAUCUCUUGACCUUGUGAUUUGCCCACCUCCGGCUUCCAAAGUGCUGGGAUUACAGGCAUGAGCCACCGCGCCAGGCCGGACAACUGAGCUGUCUUAGUGCAGUAGGACUGCAGGAGGCUUGAAUGCCUUCUGCUCAAAAUAAUUAUUUUUUUGAGACAGUUUCUUUUGUCUCUGUCACCCAGCCUAGAGUGCUGUGGCACCAUCAGGGCUCACUGCAGCCUCAACUUCCUGGGCUUAAGUGAUCCUCCCAUCUUAGCCUCCUGAGUAGCUGAGACUCCAGGCGUGUACCUCCGAGCCUGGCUAACUUUUGUAUUUUUAGUAGAGAGAGAGUUCUGCCAUGUUGCUCAGGCUGGUCUCAAGUGAUCUGCCUGCCUCAGCCUUCCGAAGUGCUAGGAUUACCGGUGUGAGCCACUGUGUCUGGCCUCAAAAUAAUUUUUAUGCCACAGCGACAUAUUCUGUCCCCCUUCAUGGGUGUCCUUGUGUCCUUGUUCUGUUCCGAAGCAGAUGGCGGUGAGAGUCCCAGCCAGGCAGUGGAUAGCGUGGAGACCCUUCAUAAAAAUUCCAAGUGCUGCCCGUUGAAUUGGCCAGGGCUUUGCGCGACUGUUCAGGCAGCAGGAACUGGACGGACCUUUGCCUUCAUACUCAGUUCUCUGUUUGAGCUAAGGAUUUUGUGCUGGGCUCAGUUCAGUCCUGUGGCAGGAGCCAGAGGAUUAUGUUGUGGGAGGAAAGGAUUAAACCUCAAGGGGACAGAGCUUCCUUAGAUGGCAAAAAAGCUGUUGGCCCCUACCCCUACCCCCACGCCUGUGGCUCUUAGGCACGUUCAGCUCCAGAAUCUUGCUAUGAUUUGGCACAUCCUAGGUGUGUGUCUGUCGCACGUGUGGGCAUGCGUGGAUCUGUCUGUCAAUCCUAACCAGCAGUCCUCAGUACCAGCUACACAUUAGAAUCUGCUGAGAAGUUUUUUAAAGAUACCAACAGCCCCUCCCCCCUGAUUAGAAUUGCUGGGGCAGGGACCAAACAUCUGUGCUUUUAAUUUUUAUUUCAUUAUUUUAGAGGUGGGGUCUUCCUAUGCUGCCCAUUCAGGACUUGAACUCCUGGGCUCAGGCAAUCCUUCUGUCUCAGCCUCUCAAGUAGCUUGGACAAUAGGUGUGAGUCACUGCACCUGGUUAUCUGUAUUUUUUUUCUUUUUUUUUGAGAUGGAGUUUUGCUCUUCUUGCCUAGGCUGGAGUGCAAUGGCACGAUCUCAGCUCACUGCGACGUCUGCCUCCUGGGUUCAAGCAAUUCUCCUGCCUCAGCCUUCCAAGUAGCUGGGACUACAGGCACGCGCCACCAUGCACAGCUAGUUUUGUGUUUUUAGUAGCGACGUGGUUUCUCCAUGUUAGUCAAGCUGGUCUCGGACUCCCAAUCUCAGGUGAUCCACCUGCCUCAGCCUCCCAAAGUGCUGGGAUUACAGGCGUGAGCCACCACACCAGGCUGGUUAUCUGUAAUUGUUAGGAUGCUCCCCCUAGGAUGGUAAUGUGUCACCAGGAUUGGGAACUGUUACUUUCACCAAACCUAUUUUUUAUUUUUUUCAAGACAGAGUUUUACUCUUUGUUGCCCAGGCUGGAGUGCAGUGGUGCAAUCUCGGCUCACUGCAACUUCGGCCUCCUGGGUUCAGGCAUUUCUCCUGUCUCAGCCUCCUGAGUAGCUGGGAUUACAGGCGCCUAACACCAUUCCCAGCUAAUUUUUGUAUUUUUAGUAGAGACUGGGUUUCACCACCUUGGCCAGGUUGGGCUCGAACUCCUGACCUCAGGUGAUCCACCUGUCUUGGCCUCCCAAAGUGCUGGGAUUACAGGCAUGAGCCACCGCACCUGGCCUGACCAAACCUACUUCCAGAAGUCAAACAAAUAUCUUACUCCUUGAUCUUACCACCCUCCUGCCAGCAAAUUGUUUAUUGCUGGAUUCAAAAUGCUGCCGUCUCAGCUGCCCAGCGGUUGUUUUGGCCUGUAUUUUGGUGAUGGGAGGGUUUGAGGAGCUGCAGAACAUCACACCCAGUCAGCAGCCUGGAGCUCCCAACUGGCAGUCCUCACCUCUUCAUUGUUGUGGAGAGAGAGCUCACAGGGCUGGGUGCCCCGGUGCAGGAGGUACAUGGUUUCUAGUUGCUGCUGAAAUCAGUGCAGGGCCCCAUUGUUUUGUAUUGGGUGUUGAGGAUCUUGGUUUUAUAUCUACCAUGAGUUUGCGGCCCUGGGACAUGCUUGAUGUUGGCUCAAGGGGAACGGAGGCUGGAGGGACAGGGUGGUUGGAUUGGACAUGGGCCUGGGCCCGUUGCUAAUCUACAAAGUAGUCAUCACGCAGGAAUAAUAGAGCUGGCUGCGCACCACAACCAACUCAAUUAUUUAAAAGUAAGGUCACACUUUUAAUAAUUUUAAUAAUGUCACAUUUUAAGUUAUUGUCAAAUAAUUUAUAAGACACACCAUUGGUAUAAUGAUAGCUUUUCAAGAAGGUUAUAAGAAGGCAUGUUGGGCCAGGCAAGGUGGCUCACACCUGUAAUGACAGCACUUUGAGAGGCUGAGGUCGACAGAUCACUUCAAGCCAGGAGUUCGAGACCAGCCUGGCCAACAUGGUGAAACCCUAUCUCUACUAAAAAAAAAAAAAAAAAAAAAAAUUAACUGGCCUGGCAGCAUGCUUGUAAUCCUAGCUUCGCAGGAGGCUAGGGCGGGAGAAUGGAGAAUCACUUAAAAACCAGGAGGCGGAGGUUGCAGUGAGCCGAGAUUGCUCCACUGCACUCCAGCCUGGGUGACAGAGUGAGACUCUGUCUCCAAAAAAAAAAAAAGAAAGAAAGAAAAAGGAAAAAAGUAAAAAGGCUUGUUGAAGGUACCUGCUAGUGGAGGUUGCACCUUGACAGGAGGUAGCGUGAGCAUUUCUUAGAAAGGAGGAAAUGGGCCCUCCUGCUACAGAGAUCCACAAACAUAGAUUGAGGCCUGCUGCCUAGGAGACCCGAAAGAGGCAAAGGUGAGUAAGAUUCAAGGUCUCCAAGUCAGAGUCUGACUCUGGGGGUACUGGUCACAUAUGAUGGAGGACUUCAGGAGGGCUUCCUGGAGGGGGUGACAUUUACCAAGGGGAUUUUAGGUGGGGUUUGCGGGACAGUGGGGGCUGGCUGAAGAGUGUAGGCUCCUUAGACAGGAGUGGGAAUUCAGCCUUGAAGGUGUGUUGGCCAGAUUGCAGGGGCCCUCGAAUGCAAGGGAAGAAUUUCUGCUUUAACAGAAGAGCCUGGGAAGCUGUUUGGGAAAAGGAGUGAUAAAUAAGAGGGGUCAUCCAGCAGAGCCCUGCAUGGGUGGGAGGGAGCGAGAUGGGAGGUGGGUGUCGGCGAGGGACGAUCCCUCUGGUCCAGGGGAGUGGUCAUAGGGCGGAAACUGACCUUAUGGAUGUGGGCAGGAAGGGACUGAUUUGAGAUACCAGGAAGAAGCAGGCAGUAGGACUUGGUGAGAGGGCUGGGGCAUGGGUGGGUGCAGCUAGUGGGAGCCUGAGUCUCAGAAAAUGGGCAGUGCUCAAAGGGGGAGAACUGAGGCAAGCUGUGGAGAGGCAGCUGAGCUGGGAAGCUGGAAUGGAGGUGCGGUCACCCCAGGAGACUAAGUCAGGGGGCGAGGGGUUCCCCUGGGAGCUAUCCAGACCCCAGUGCUAGGGAAUACAGAGGGGAGAAGGAGGGGAGAAGAACCGGCUCCUGCGGGUCAGGCACUGCCCUUGAGGUCAGAUGGGGUGGGGCUGGAUAUUGGCCAUGAGGACUUUUUCAAGAGCUCCGUUAAUAGUGAGAUGGGCGGACACCAGAUGGCUCGGGUUAAGUGAGUGGGUGGUAGGAAGAUGGAAGCCGCAGCGUAGACCCACUUUGAGAUGGGGAGGAAGUUCACAGUCUGAGGAGGUAGGUGAGCCAAAGGAAGGGGGUUUGCUUGUUUUUGAGAUGGGGGCAUCCUGAACAUCCUCCCAGGCCAAGUGAGAAGAAACCAGAAGAAAGAGGAACAUGUCCCCCAAAUGUGCCAAAACAGCCCAGCAGCUGCGCUGCCUGGCAGAGAAACUGCAGAGGCCCCUGUGUCCUGCCAUGCCUGCCUGGGGAUGGUCCCUUGACUGCCCACCCCAGGAUGGCAGGGGCUGUGGGUGCUCCCAGCCCCUUGUCGAGGUCGGUCCGUGGCAGGCAUGGGGCUGCCUCGGGCGCCAUUGCUGCAAAUGUAUACCGGCUAUCAGAACCACUCUCCUGCCCCCCAGCCCGUCCCCCUGAACCCCCAUGCAGAAGCCCGGCCACCAGCCCACAGAGGAGGGGGGAUAUUGUUCUUGGCAUUUGAUGGGAAGCAUCUGCUGCAUCCCACUGGGGUGUUGCCCAGGAUGGAUUGGAAAAGAGUUGGCAGGAAGGCUGAGCUCUGUGCUCACAACCUGGCUUGGUGGUGGCCGAGGAACUUGGCAGGAGCAGAGUGCAGGACAUGGAAACUGGGGGUUGGUGCAUGAGUGCGUGCACGUGUGUGUGUGUGUGUGUGUGUGUGUGUGUGUUUAUGUACAUGUGUGUGCGGGGGGUGGGGAGGAAGCUGAGAAGCCACAUCCCCUCUCUGCUGCUGCAAUGCUGCAUGCUUCAGCAGCACGUGGGUGUCGCCACACUUCCUGGCAGGUGUCAGCCUCCACGACUGUUCUGGGCUCUUCUCCCAGUUGGCUCAGUUGGAGUUGGGAGCCUCAACUGUUCCCUGUGGCUUCCAGAGUGGGACCCUGCUGUGGGACAGGCUGGCCCAUGCUGCUCCCUCCCCUGUGACCCUUCCGUUGGAUGGAUCACCAGGAAGGACUGUGGGCAUUGCCCACAGACAGAUGGACACCUUGGGGCUUUCUUUCUAAUGCCCCUUGAAAGGGGAAUUUUCUCAGCUGUGGGACGAGUCUCUGUAGAUAUGGGAAGCUCACUAUCUUAAGAGCAGCAGCCUUGGGAAAUCCAAAACAGACUCCUGAAGCAGGUGGGAAGGGGUCCUGUCCCAUUCAGUGGCUGUGUGGCCUGGAGGGAGUUCAGCUCAGCUCGGAGUGUGUUUCUUCAUCUGCAGGAGAAGCGCCUGUUACUGUGGGCUGAGGAAUGGGCUGAGGGCUGCAUUCGCUUCCUGUUGCUGCUGUAACUGCUUAUCACAAACUCAGUGGCUUAAAGCAACAGAGACUUCUUCCCUACAGUGCCCAGGGUGAGAAGCUGGAGAUCAGUCUCACCAGACUAAAGUCUAGGUAUUGGCAGAACCCCUUCCUACCUCUUCCAGCUUUGGCAGGGCUGCUGGAGUUCCUUGGCUUGUGGCUGCAUCCUCCAGCCUCUGCCUCCAUCCUCACACGGCCUCCUCCUCCUCGGCAAUCAAAUCUCCCUCUGCCUCCCACUUUUUUUCCUGAGAGGAAGUCUUGCUCUGUCACCCAAGCUGGAGUGCAAUGGCAUGAACUCAGCUGACUCCCAGGUUCAACUGAUUCUCCUGCCUCAGCCUCCUGAGUAAGUGUGAUCGCAGGCAUGUGCAACCACACCUGGCUAAUUUUUGUGUCUUUAGUAGAGACGGGGUUUUGCCAUGUUGGCCAGGCUGGUCUCGAACUCCUGACCUCAGGUGAUCUGCUCACCUUGGCCUCCCGAAGUGUUGGGAUUGCAGACGUGAGCCACCAUGCCUGGCCUGCCUCCCUCUUAAAGGACAUUUGUGAUUUGGGGCCCACCUGGGUCAUCUCUUCAUCUCACCAUCUUCAGUUACAUCUGCAGAGUCCCUGUGGCCACAUAAGGUGACAGUCUAGGGAAGGAGAGUUCUUAAGCCUACCCUGGGGGUAUCUUAGGGCCCUUCUGAUGUUUAGAUACAAAGCAAGAAAACAAACUAGCUCAAGAGAAAAAAAGGACUCAUUGAAUUCUGUUGUUUUAAAUGUAUAUUUUUUUAUUGUGCUAAAAUGCACAGAACAUAAAAGUUGCCGUUAGUAACAUCUAGUGCAUUCACAGUGUUGUGUGACCAUCACCUCCAAUACCAGAUCUUUUCAUCACCCCAAAAGCAAACCCCGUAGCCAUGAAGGACCCACUCCCCAUCCGCCCUCCCCAGCCCUUGGCAGCCACCAGAAUGCUUUCUGUCUCUCCAAAUUCUUUUUUAAUAAAUGCAAUUCUGUGUGACUUUAAAAUAAAUAAACAUGAACACAAUGAGUUGCUUACUGGAAGGGUAUCUGUUCGGGGAGGCCAGCGCGUGGAACACCCAGGUCUCUAGAAGGGCAGGAGUUGAAGCAGCAUGGAUGUGCCACCCUCUCCUCCCCUCGCCCCUUCCUUGGGGUCACUGCCUGAGCGUCCCUCUUUGGAAAUGGCCCAAAUAGCAUCUCAGCCCCCACAUCUGCAUGGCCUCCUGGCUUCAGAACCCUUCACCCAAAAACAUUCCGGACUUCAGACUCCUGGGAAAAUUCCAGUGGCCUCACUCUCCCUUUUGAGCCAGUGGCAGCCUGCCUUUGAGUCAGGGGUGUAUCCUGGCCCUAGCACCUGUGAGCUAGGACAGCAGGGUAGGCAUGCCCAGGGAAGUGGGUGAGUUGGCAGUCACAGUAAUUGAUGUCUUUGGAAUUGUCUAAGAGAUACUUAGCGUGUGCCUAGCACAUUCAUUUCUAGCAUAUUCCUUUUUUUUUUGAGGCAAAAUCUUGCUCUGUUGCCCAGGUUUGAGUGCAGUGGCGCUAUCUUGGCUCAGUGCAACCUCCUUCUCCUGGGUUCAAGUGAUUCUCCUGCCUCAGCCUUCCGAGUAGCUGGGACUACAGACACGUGCCACCAUGCCCAGCUGAUUUUUGUAUUUUUAGUAGAGAUGGUGUCUUACCAUAUUGGCUAAGUUGGUCUUGAACUCCUGACCUCAGGUGAUCCGCCUUCCAACAUGCUGGGGUUACUGGUAUGAGCCACCACACUGGGCCACAUUCAUUUCUUAGGAGAGGCUCUGUUCUUUCUGAUAGUGAAAUGUCCCCAGCAGGCAGUGGGGUACUGAUGGCAGGAUCUGUGGCCUCACCAGCAUCUUACUUCGUGUUUCACCAAGCUGUGUCCUAUCAUCUUCUACAUGUGGCUUGUAGACGUAGUGCUGAGAAUGAUCUGGGAGACUCAAAUUAUAUGGUUCAGAUCAACAGCUCUCCAAUGACCUGGUGUUAUCCUAGGAUCAAAUUGAGACUAUCCCAGGCCAGGCGCGAUGGCUCACACCUGUAAUCCCAGCACUUCGGGAGGCUAAGGCAGGCAGAUUAUUUGAAGUCAGUGGUUCAAGACCAGCCUGGACAACAUAGUGAAAACCUAUCUCUACUAAAAAUACAAAAAGUAGCCAGGCAUGGUGGCAUGCACCUGUAGUGCACCUCUUGAGCACCAGCUACUCAAGAGGCUGAGGCAGGAAAAUUGCUUGAAUUUGGGAGACGGAGGUUGCAGUGAGCCAAGAUCACGCCAUUGCACCCCAGCCUGGGCGAUGGAGCAAGACUCUGUCUCAAAAAAAAAAAAAAAAAAAAGAUUGAGACAAUCUGAGCUGCACUGAGCAGCGUGAUAGCCGCUGGCUGCACAGGGCCUUUGAACACUUGAAAUGUGGAGACUCCGGGUCUGUGAAAUGCAUGCUGGGUUUCAGAGUCCCAGCAAGGGAAAAAAAAAAUGUAAAAUAGCUGUCAUUUUUACACUGAUUACAUGUUGAAUUGAUAAUAUUUGGGGCUCUGUCAAGUGAAUUAUAUUAAAAUUAAUAUCACCCGUUCUUACAUUUUUUUAAUGAUUUCUUUUUUUUUUUUUGAGACGGAGUUUCGCUCCUGUCACCCAGGCUGGAGUGCAGUGGCGUGAUCUUGGCUCACUGCAAGCUCCACCUCCCAGGUUCAAGCGAUUCUCCUGCUUCAGCCUCCCAAAUAGCUGGGAUUACACCCACCACCAUGCCUAAUUUUUGUAUUUUUAGUAGAGACAGGGUUUCACCCUGUUGACCAGGCUGGUUUGGAACUCCUGACCUCAGGUGAUCCACCUGCCUUGGCUCCCCAAAGUGCUUGGGAUUACAGGUGUGAGCCACUGCGCCUGGCCUGUUCUUACAUAUUUUAUUGUGGCUGUUGGAAUAUGUAAGGUUGCAUCUGUGGCCUGGGUGCCGUUUCUGCUGGAGGGUUGGACUGUGGGACAGCUGAGCAGGCUUUGGGGCUACUCUUCCUGAAUGCUGAGUGUGUGUCUUACUUCGGUUUUGGGGACUGGUGUUGGUGGUACCCAUUUUACGGAUGGGGAAGGUCAGAUCCCACAGAGGUUGAGUGAUGGGCCCAGGGCUUCAGAGUUUGGUGUUUGACUCAGAACCCACGGCUCUGAUCCACCACCAGCCUCUCUCCCGUUCAGAGGAACAGGGACUCCCGGCAUGCAGUCCCUUCCCAGACACUUCCUGGCUCUGGCCUAGCGCCCGGAGACCAGUGACAGCAGCUCCCCGUGGCCACUCACUGUGAGGGUAGGGAGGCUGUGGGAGAACAGCCAUCUGAAGCCUUUAUGGCAAACCCAAAGACCAGGAGGCCUUCAGGGGUAACACUGGCCAUGAAGAGUGGGAAUCGAUGGGUCAGAGGCCAGUGACUGCUGGCCGGGGCGCCGCUGGACAUGGCCGGCCUGUGUGGCCAGCGUGGCGGGUCCCGGGGGGCUUCAGUCACCACCAGCCACACAUGGGGAUAUGGGAUGGGAAAGGUGAGCAGACGGGGAGCCCAGUGAACACGAGGUCCCAUAGGGGCUGCCCGUGGGCGUAGCUUACAGAAUUCAGCCCCUGGCCCUCUCCCAGGUGCUGAGGUGUCACCAAGGGCUGCCUUCCACUUGAACGAAUCCCUCCCAGCCCCCAGCAAGCCCUCUCCCAGGCGCUCUCUCCUAGUGUGGGAGGGGCCCCGCCCCUGCUGGGAGUGACUCACUUGGGUUCAGAGGUCGUGGCACUGAGCUGGGUCUGGCUGAUCCCAGGCCCAGCUCCCUCCUCUGGGGACCCCCUUGCUCGUGCCCCUCUGGGUCCCAGCAUAUCCCAGGCCUGCAGGGAGUGGGAGAGGAAGAGACUGACUCACUGGCCAGGUCCCCCAGGGGCUGGGG